CUUCUCUCGCCUCACUUGUCCACUCUGCUUGCAAGCGCAUCUUCUCCAUUGUGCAGCGAUCGAGGGACCACCCGGAGACCUUCUCGGCUUCUCGCCCGAGCGCGCACUCCUUUGGAACUUCACCUUUUGCCACUUUCUAGCCGGAGGGACGACGCGGACGGCGCAAAAAGACGUCGUAGGGUGUCGUACAAUUAUUGCGGAGCUUUCUUUUAGUGUGGCGUUCCUAUUCUUUUAAUUUUUAGCGGUGUGCCGAGCUCUUUUUUUUUUUUUUUUGUCCUUCCUAACAGCCAAAAAAGGGACACCUAAAAAUAUACAAACGGGUUGCGCAUCAGUUUUGCAGGUGUCGAGAGAGAGAGAGAGAGAGAGAGAGAGAGAGAGAGAGAGAGAGAUCACGUCGAGGGAGGAGGAGGCCUCUGUUGUGAGAGGAGAGCAAAGAGUGAGCGAGUGAGGGAGCUUUUUAAAGGCCACUGCAGGAGGCAUGAUGUCCUACAUUAAGCAACCCCAUUACGCCGUGAACGGGUUAACUCUGGCCGGCCCGGGCAUGGAUCUGCUGCACACCACCGCCGUUGGAUACCCCAGUACCCCGCGCAAGCAGCGUCGGGAGCGCACCACCUUCACGCGCGCGCAGCUGGACAUCCUGGAGGCGCUGUUUGCCAAAACACGUUACCCGGACAUCUUCAUGAGGGAAGAGGUGGCCCUCAAAAUCAAUUUGCCCGAGUCCAGAGUCCAGGUAUGGUUCAAGAACCGUCGUGCCAAGUGCCGGCAACAGCAGCAGCAGAGCACAGGCCAGUCCAAACCGCGACCUCCCAAAAAGAAGGCCUCACCCAUUCGUGAGGCCAGCGCUGAGGCCAGUGCCAACCCCACCAAUGGUCCCUACAGCCCGCCGCCGCCUCCCCCGGGGACCGCCAUCACACCCAGUUCCAGCUCUGCCAGCGCCACAGUGUCCAUUUGGAGUCCGGCCUCCAUCUCUCCCCUGCCGGACCCCCUGUCCGCCUCCACCACCCCCUGCAUGCAGCGUACCACCGCCUACCCCAUGACCUACACCCAGGCUCCGGCCUACAGCCAGAGCUACGCAGGCUCCUCCUCCUACUUCACCGGCCUGGACUGUAGUUCCUACUUGUCACCCAUGCACCCGCAGCUGUCGGGCACAGGUGGCGCCCUGAGCCCCAUUACCGCCUCCUCCAUGGGCGGGCCCCUAAGCCAGUCCCCUGCCUCACUCUCCUCCCAAGGCUACACGGCCGCUUCGCUGGGCUUCGGAGCUGUCGACUGUCUGGACUACAAGGACCAAGCUGCCUGGAAACUUAAUUUCAAUGCCACUGACUGUCUGGACUACAAAGACCAGAACUCGUGGAAGUUCCAGGUCUUGUAAAUAUCAUCGCGGGUGGGUUUGGGAAGGGAGGGGAUAUGGGAACAAGUUUUGAAUCAGAGUCAAAUUACUGAUGUUGAUUUUACAAGCUGGACAAAGAAACCAAUCCAAAUGUGGCUGCAACAAUCUCUCUUGUGUUUGUUGAUGCUUGCCUGGUCUAUCUAUUUUGAGCAAAGUAAAUAAAGCAAUAACACAGAGAGCUGCUAAUUUGUUUUCCCCUUUUAUGAAGGCUCACUCAACAAGCACUGAGCCCAACAGAUCAGCGCUCCCAACCUUUAAGAGGUGCAGAUCAAUACCCCAUCAAAGCCGACGAUUCCUCAGUAGCCUUGUUUGAUGCUGACCCUCUUCAGCCGGCGUGUGAUCCAAGUCAAGAGGGUUGAUCGAGUCCCAGAAGUGACUGCAGUACAAACUUGUUGCCUUUGAGCAUGCUUGUAAUCAAUCGUUAGGAGAACGGCUCAUGCUUUGUUAGUUUAAUAGGAUCAACUCUUGGGCAACAAUGGCCGCAUUGUGGCAAUUGGCACUCGACAAAUACCCUCCUCCCGCUCCUUUUCACAGGAAGCUCGAAGAAUUUCAGCACUUCUGCUCCAAUCUAGAAAUGACUGUUUUGUUACAUUUGUUUGUGAGACAUCUGAUGGGCAAAAAGACUGCACCAGGGAAAGGGAAAGGAGGUGCCAGGGCACCACUCCACCCUUAGCACAGAGAGUUUGGUGUCUCUCUCAAUAUGUCCAUGUCCAUCCAACAUGUAAAAAUGGGAUGGGUACCAGUAUAUGUAUUUCAUGUAUCUUUUUUUGUAUUAGAAUUAAAUAUCGUUGUUUCUUUAAAGAUUUGUGGAUUUGUCAAAGUAAAAGUAAAAAUUGUUGUAAUUUUUUUUUUCAAGUUGAUAUUAUCAGUAUAUCGACUGUCAUCAUAUUAUUGAUAUCACAGCAUUUCUUUUGAUGGCACGGCCAUUGCUAAAAUACUUUUGUUGAUUUUUUUUUUUGUACAUAUUUAACCCUGGAAAUGCAACCACGUCUCCUGUAUGCACGUCAUGCAACAGCAUCUCUCGUUCUUAAAUCUUAGAAAACUGCCAACUUUGUAUUAUUUUCUCUUGUUUAUAUUUUUCCGGUAUCUGCUUUAUCCAACUCAGGGUUUCAUCUGAUAAAAGUAGCGGUAAUAGGAACAAUGCUGUUAAUGCUUCUUCAUCUAAUUUACUGGACUUUUAUCUUUUGCAUAAUUAUAUCAUCUUUGCUUUAUUUUUCUGACAUGAAUGAUUUUUUUUCAUUUGUCAUUUCAUCAUUUGUCUCGUGUGUUUGUUUGACCAGUGUGCACCACUACCAUGCUAGAUAGCGUUCAUGUUUCUGAGACAUUAAAUAACCUUGUAUAAACUUUG